AUGAAGGAACUAGAAGUUAUUUCUCGUUCUAACGCCUUUUACAAAAUGAAUUUGUUUUAUUUGAUUCUCGUAGUUUCAAUUUUAUUAUUCUACUUUAUACGUAGAAUCUAUAAACCUCCUAAAGAAUUAGACUUCAUUCCAACUAUUUCUAUCUUUAAAUUCUUGUCAUUGUUGAUUCGUAAUAAAGGACAAGAUGAAAUUCAAAAACUUAUUUUUGAAUCGGAUCCUGAUAAGAUUGGUCUAGUUAAAAUUUUUUUUGCCUUUAAAUGGGCGAUUAUUAUAACCGACUUCGAACUUGCUAAAAUAGUUUUCCAAGGAAACGGUCAAUUACAUGAAAAACAUCCAUCGAGGAUUUUCUUUGGAAAAGGGGUGUUUUUCACGAAUGAAGAUCUCUGGGCACGACAACGAAAAUUGGCAUCGUUAGCAUUUCAUCGAGUAUUGUCUCCUGGAGAAUGCACUAAUGACCUUAUAACUUUGUUAAGCAAACGGACGGAUACUCCGAUAGAUGUGUUUUCAUUAAUGCAACGUCUUAUUAUUCAAAUAUUAGGAAGAGUGGCUUUUGCAUAUGAUAUGAGA